AUGGCGGAACAGGGGGGAGGACAGGCCUCGAAUCAGGCUCAGAAUCAGUCCCAGAAUGAAGGUCGAGCAUCAGGAUCGAGAGGGGGCUCACGUGGUGGACGUCGUAGGGGAAGAGGUGGCCGGAACCGCGGUCAAGGGAAUCAAUCCACCACACCAGGCUCCCGAGGUGGUAGAAACGCCGCCUCUCAAGCCACCGCUGCUGAUGGUACUGAUGGUACACCUUCAACCACACCCCAGGUGGAGCAGCCCGCCUCUUCCGCACCUGAAAGUUCAGCAUCAUCUAGAGGUCGACGGAAUCGGCGCGGUCAGCGAGGCGGUUCUCAUGGUUCAGAGAACCGAGGAAGAGGAGGAUUCCGCGUGGGACCUCAUCGGCAAUUCGGUGGCCGCUUGACCACCACAACGGAAGAACCGGCUCAAGCAACUUCCCAGGAUCAGUCAUUGAGUGCAGACGCUCCCGAGUUUGUCCCCGGGCAACCCGUCGCUCCACGGAGUGCACCGGAGUCAAGCUCGGCUCAGUCUCAACCUCCGACCCAGCCGCGCUCUAAGGGAGGUCGAUCUCGGUCUGAUCGGAAACAGGGGAGGCCAAAGCAGGACGUUCCUAAGUCGACUGCCCCCGACCUUUGGCAACGGAUCCAGGAGGACAUUAGCAACUGGAACUACGAAUGCCGAAUCUGCGCCGAUGACGUUACCCGCAAAAGUUAUGUCUGGUCGUGCACCGUUUGCUGGACCGUCGUCCAUCUCAAGUGUGCUCAUCAAUGGUGGAGCACCUCGAUGAAGGUAGACGAGGCCACCGGCGAUAAGUCAUGGCGUUGUCCCGGGUGCAACUCAAGCCUGACUGGCGAGCCCGGUGAUUAUCAGUGUGUCUGUGGAACCUGCGAGGUGGCAGUGAAGGCUAGGUGCUAUUGUGGACGAGUUGAGAAGGAGAUGGAAUGCUUCAAGCAGGAUGAGGCCUGCGACUCCUACGAUCCUACCAACGAUUCUUGGUUCCAGGGCUCUUUCAGCUGCGAAAAUGCCUGCGGAAGGGCCUACGACUGUGGAAUUCAUCGCUGUGAGACGUCUUGCCAUCCACAGGAUGAGCUCCCGGCUCACUGCCCCUUCUCCCCAGACGUGGUAACCCAUUGUCCUUGCGGGAAGACACCGCUCAAGGAUCUCAUGGAUCACCCGCGCCAAUCUUGCGAGGAGCAUGUUCCUCAUUGUGAGAGAGUCUGCGAGAAGAAGCUCAAGUGUGGCCACACAUGCCAGUCAUUGUGUCACACUGGAGAUUGUGAUCCUUGUAUGCAGGUCAUGGAUAUAGAUUGUCGGUGUGGCCGAGUCACCGCCCCGUCCAUCUGCCACGAGGGGGAUAUCCAGCACCCCCUGUGCUUCAAGGUGUGUCAGGCAACUCGGAACUGUGGGCGGCAUCGAUGCGGAGAGCACUGCUGCCCGGGUGAAAAGAAGGCAGCGCAGAGGAUCGCCCAGCAGAAGAAGCAGCGUUCUGGUGUCGACUCUAUUCAGGUUGAAGCUGAGCACAUCUGUGUUCAGGUCUGUGGCAGGCCACUCAAGUGUGGUAGCCACUUCUCUGCAACUGCGGUGCAACGGUUCUUCAACCUCCUCAACCCUGUGGCACUCGCCAGCCAUAUUGCACAUCCAAGUGUAGGCGCCAGACCGCUUGCGGUCAUCCCUCUGUUGAGCAUCAGUGUCAUCCUGAUGACGUUGAAUGCCCUCCUUGCGCCUAUCUCACUGAGAAGUCUUCAUACUUGUAGGAAGCUUUGCCACCGCCCUGGAGAGUGCGGCGAUGCUCGAGAGGGGUGCGAGCAAGUCUGUGGAAAGACGAAACUGCUCUGCAACCACACUUGCCAGAAUGUCUGCCAUGGCCAGACUCCCUGCAACGAGUCUACUGCCUGCCAGAAGAAGAUGGUUGUCCAGUGCCCCUGCGGUAACUACAAAAAGGAGUUCAAGUGCCUCGCGAGCACCAGCAACCCGACUCCAAGCCGCCCAGAGCUUAGAUGCGACGAAGAAUGUGAACGCCUGGACCGUAACCGUCGCCUUGCCGCAGCUCUCAACAUCGAUCCUGCGUCACACACCAACGACCAUGUCCCCUUCUCAGACAACACGCUGAAGCUGUACAAGCAGUUCCCCUCUUGGGGUGACAGCCAGGAGAGACAUUUCCGCGUCUUUGCUGCUAACCCAGAUGAAGUUCGUCUUCGAUAUGAGCCCAUGCGCAAUGAGUCCCGCCAGUUCUUGCACCUCCUGGCCGAAGACUUUGGUCUCGAGAGCAAGAGUGAGGAUUAUGGCUCGAAUCGAUCCGUCGUUGUCUGGAAGACGGACAAGUUCGUAUCUGCUCCGCCCAAGACGCUCGCCCAGUGCGUCAAGAUCCGGGCCGCUCAGGCUGCCGAAGCCGCUGCCGCUGCGGCCCUUCGUCCCCCGAGCCCACCCCCCUUUGAUAGCGAACCCUUCAAUAGCAUGGUCCUCACCGAGCCUCGCUUUGGCCUGACCAUCGAUGAAGUCACAACCGCGCUCGCUUCAGACCUUGCAUCCCUGCAGGGCUUCUCGUUCAAGACUGACUUCCUUAACGAUGAGGUUCUCAUCAAGGCUACAGCGCAGUACUCAGCCUUCCUCACACCCGCCCCAGUCGAAAAGAGCCUUGCUGCUCUGAAGCCACGCAUCGAGCAGACGAUCCGCAGCCAGAAACUCGCCGAGGGCGUGCUGCUCUGCCACUCGGACGACAAGGGCGCCGUCACCCGCCGCGAGGUGCUCCGCCGACCGGGCGCAGGGGGGUGGAGCGCCGUGGCUGGGCGGGCGGCGUCCAAGCCCACCUCCUCAUCGUCGACACCGGCGCCUGAGGACUCGAUCAAGCCCGGCCGCAAGCUGCUCGGGCUUAAGAAGAAGAAGCCACAGCAGCCCGAGGCGGGCAAGGUGUGGGCGGCACUUGACGGGGAUGUAGAAUGCUAG